UCCAGGACCCGAUUUCAUCAAGUCGUUCAGUGGGCCCUAUUGGCCUUGCUAACCGCCGAAUUCAGUGCUAACGAUCACCAUUCCAGUCUGCUUGCACGCCAAGCUCCGAAUUGCCUUGUAUCUGCUUAGCAAAUUCCAAAAUACACGGAACAGGGCAAAUUCCUUUUCUAAGCAAGAACUUGGUGGGAUACCAGUCACAGUAACGGUAAAUGUUUGGUGUCGGGGAAGCUGUUAGUUCGUGAUUUUUUCACAAUAAUUGUUCCAGUAUGCUGCUGUAUUUUUCCAUUUGGAUGAUCUUGAAUGUUGCUGUCAUUCCCUGCUGCGAUGGAGCGAGUAAACCUUGCCAACGCAGAGACUUUCCUGAAGCAACAUCCUUUGUGUGUGAAUGUUCGGCCAGUUAUUGCGACACCAUUGAGAGAGACGCCAAGCCUCGCUCUGGACAGUAUGCGGUCUACACCUCAAGCAAAGAUGGCGACCGCUUUCAACGACAACUUUUAAUGCUAGAAAACGAAGCUAAACACGACCAUCAUUUGACGAUAGAUGACUCUCAAAAAUACCAGGAGAUCUUAGGCUUUGGGGGAUCCUUCACAGACUCAGCCACCAUGAAUAUCCUUAAUCUCUCAGAUGGAGCCACAGAAAACCUUCUUAAAUCCUACUUCUCUACAGAAGGACUGGAGUACAGCGCUGGACGUGUACCUGUCGCAAGCUGCGAUUUCUCAAGUAGUACGUACUCAUACGCGGACACCCCUGGAGAUUAUGACCUCAGUGAAUUCGAAUUAGCAUAUCAGGAUAUCCACUAUAAGAUUCCAGUGAUACGAGCAGCCCUAGACAUGAGUCCAAGAGAGCUUAAGCUGAUUGCUAGUCCAUGGUCUGCACCAGCUUGGAUGAAAACUAACGGCAAAAUGGCAGGUGGAGGAUCUUUGAUUGGCCAACCAGGAGGACAAGUUUAUCAAACAUGGGCUCUAUACUUUGUCAAGUUCCUACUUGAGUACGAGAAGCUAAGGGUAUCCAUUUGGGGAAUGACCAUCCAGAACGAGCCUUCGGCCGGUUUAAUUCCAAUCUAUCCAUGGCAGAGUAUGGCAAUGCCUCCAGAAAUCAUGAGAGAUUUUGUCAAGCUGGAUCUAGGUCCAAAGUUACGUGAAUACAGCUACAGUCACGUUAAGCUGAUUACUCAUGAUGAUAAUGUACCGUCAUUACUUGUUGGUUCUCAAUUGAUUUACAAUGACGAAGAAGCUGCCAGUUACCUGUCAGGUACGGCAGUUCAUUGGUACAAGAACCGCGGCCCUGACAGCUACAACACCCUGACAGACACCCAUCUAGAAUUCCCAGAUAAAUUCAUUGUAGCUACAGAGGCCUGUGAAGGGGCAGACCUUUUCGCAGAACCGGUGAUGCUCGGUUCUUGGGAACGGGGUGAACGAUACAGCUACGAUAUCAUUCAGGACCUAAACCACUGGGUAACCGGGUGGUUGGAUUGGAACCUGGCUCUAGACAUGAAUGGAGGACCAAACUGGGCCAAUAAUCAAGUAGAUAGUCCCAUCAUUGUGGAUGCUGAGAGAGACCUCUUCUAUAAACAACCCAUGUUUUAUCACUUGGGACACUUCAGUAAAUUUGUUCCUCCAGGCUCAGUUCGUAUUAGUUUAGAAGCGAGUGAGAUUUCACCAUUACUGAGUAUAGCAUUCAAGACGCCUGACGACUCUAAAGUUGCUGUCAUUUUAAACGAACUGGACCAAGGAGUCAAGGUGACCCUGCAGGACACAGACCUAGGAGAGUUGUAUAUCAAUGCUUAUGUGCCUCCUCGAUCAAUACAAACUUAUAUAUGGUGAAGGGAUUUAGAUAAUCACUUUUGACUAAUAUAAAUUGCAUGGAAAGGUAGUUAAAGUGUUUAUCGAUGAACUUCACAGGGCUGGAAAUGCAUCUUCGAGGGGGCAAGGCCAUUUAAUUUAAGGGCACGUCCAUUGGGAAACAUUUGAAGUGGCACUGAUGCCAAUACUACUUAGCCAAUUUCUUUCAUCGAUGCCUAAAAGUUUACUUAAAGGGAAGGUACACGUUUGGUAAUUACUCAAAACAAACAUUAACUUAAUAACUGA